AAUAUUUUACAGUUCUGCUAUAUUAAUCAAACGGCUAAUCGAAAAGUGGAGGAGAGAAAUUUUUUUCAAAAAAUCGAAAAUUUUCUAAUAUUAUCGUUAUUUAAUCAUAGUUUUUUUAUUUUUGGAUUGUGGAGGUUUUUUUUUUUGGGUUAUAAAUCCAUAUCUUUGUUCUCGGAAUCUGUUGAAAGAUCGAAAAAUAAACCACCAAACGGCUAUAAUUGACGUUACGAGGAAGAGGAAGAGAAAAAGGAGAGAUUUUUUUUUUUUUGAAAAAUCAUUGCUAAAAUUUUACUGGGGUUUCGUUUUUCUAGAUUUUCUCUGUUUCAAAAUUUUGACCUUUUUUUGCUUUGGGGUUUAUUUUUCUGUUUUUUUUUUUUUUAAAUUUAUGUAGACGACUUUGAUCUGAAUUCUGGAGAACUUGAAGACUUCAACAAAACAUUUUUUUAUAAACAAUUUAUUGAUUAGGAAGUGGCAAUCUUUGUGGGAUUUUGUAGUCAUGUCUGAUGGGUAUUCUAAUUUCAAGAAGACUGAUGAUAUUUGUGAAGGCGUUUGUGGAAAGCAGGGGUCCCGUGCUGCAUUGACCAUAUCAAGAUUGCGGUGUAUGUUGCGAGGGUAUGAUAUCAGGACUUACAUUUUUGUGUUUGUGAUUAUCCCGCCAGCGAUUUUCGGCCUAUAUUUGCAUGGACAGAAGAUCAGUUAUUUCCUAAGACCAUUAUGGGAAUCACCUCCUAAGCCUUUUAUUGAACUCCCUCACUAUUAUCAUGACAAUAUCACGAUGGAGACUCUCUGCAAUCUUCAUGGAUGGAAAGUUCGUGAAUUCCCUCGACGAGUCUUUGAUGCAGUGUUGUUCAGUAAUGAGAUAGACAUGCUCAUGAUUCGUUGGAAUGAAUUGUAUCCAUAUGUUACGCAAUUCGUGCUUCUUGAGUCCAACUCAACAUUUACUGCCUUACUGAAACCAUUGUUGUUUGCUCGCAACAAAGAUCAAUUUAAAUUUGUCGAGCCUCGCUUGACAUAUGGGACCAUUGGUGGGAGAUUCAAGAAGGGCGAAAACCCUUUUGUUGAGGAGGCAUAUCAGAGAGUUGCAUUGGACCAGCUUCUUAGACUAGCAGGUAUUGAAGAUGAUGAUUUAUUGAUAAUGUCCGAUGUAGAUGAGAUCCCUAGUGGGCAUACAAUUAAUCUAUUGAGAUGGUGUGAUGACACACCACCUGUACUUCAUCUUCAGUUGAGAAACUAUUUGUACUCUUUUGAGUAUCUCAUAGACAACAAAAGCUGGAGAGCCUCGGUUCAUAGGUACAAGAAGGGCAGGACCAGAUAUGCUCAUUAUCGUCAAUCCGAUCUCAUCUUAGCAGAUGCCGGGUGGCAUUGUAGCUUUUGCUUUCGGUAUAUAAGCGACUUUAUAUUCAAGAUGAAAGCUUACAGCCACACGGAUCGAGUGAGAUUCGCUCAUUUCUUGAACUCCAAGAGGAUUCAGGACGUAAUAUGCAGAGGGUCUAACCUAUUCGACAUGCUUCCUGAAGAAUACACAUUCAAGGAGAUCAUCGGGAAGAUGGGACCUAUCCCUCACUCGUAUUCAGCAGUCCAUCUUCCUGCGUAUUUGUUGAAUAAUGCGGAGAAAUACAAAUAUCUUCUGCCUGGUAACUGUGUGAGAGAACAUGGCUGAGUCUAGAAAACCGGUGUGCUAUGGAGUCUUCCAUUACAAGUUUUGUUGGUACCGGAAAGGCCUGCCUUGGCAAUUUGAUGGCUAUUGCUGUAGCAUUGAUAGAAGUCUACCAUUUAUCCAACAAAAUCUAGGCAUAUGGAAUCUAUGGUUGUGAGGGGAAACUUCAUGUCCUUAAUGAAGUCGAUUUCUUCCAUUACGGGACCAUAUCCGAUUUCUGAACCCGGGAGAACUUGUUGUAAGAGAAGUAGAUAUAAUCGGUUUUCUGAAAGCUUUAGCAACCUCCUACUGGUAUGACAUAAAUUUCCCAGGGAUUGCAUAAAUCUAGAAUGACAAAUUUCCCAGAUUUUUCCUUCAUGGGAACCUUCUUUUUCUAGGAUUAUUUCUUCAUAUAUUCCUAUUACAAGGUAAUACUGACAUUGACUUUGUUGAAUUUGUAUCAUUUUGCUGCCCUGCUUUUGGUUCUUCCAUUGAAUAUAUAUUUUGUUGAACAAUGAAAACUCUCCUUUCUUGAAUAGGUCAGCUCUUUUGCCAUUUGAAAUUUCAAUUUCAUGAGAAGCAAAAGGUCAUGUUCAGCAAAAA